UUGGUUAAUGAAUGCAUCUGGUAGUCUGUCUCAGGUACGGUGAAUCAGUAAAAGAAGUAAAGAACACCCUUUUUAAAUUCUGUUGUUCUUUACUCCCUAAUUAACAUUUGAAAGGGAAGUAGCAGCUAGCAGCACCACUUUUUUGAAUUCUUGAAUCUUCUCCCACGUGAAAUAAAAACUUUUCCAGGUAAAAAAGCAAAGGCAUAAGAAUUCAGUACAUAAUUGCAGAUAAUAAUUUUUUUUGCAGAUAAUCAUAUUUCGCUUAUUUGUUCUUUUAGUCAAAUCCCCAUAUGACUCUCUACCCUGGAGGUACUACCGAAUCUGGUGUACUCUCUCUACGCGGUUUCACGAGGAUUCAUCCUGGAGGUUACGUUAAUUAUAAUAAUAAUAACUAUAGCUAUUAUAUUUGUUAUUAUCAUUAUUAUUAGGUCGGAAACACUCAAACCGAUUUCAUUUUUUAUUUUGCUUUUCACUCCUGAGUUUUUUAAUUCUGGGUCUUCUUCGGGCGGUACUGCGAAGUUGAUUUAUACUGAGUCAACUCGGUGGUUGGGGGACUCGUUCUAGUUCAGUUUGAUGUUUAUUGUCCCAUAGAUCUGUAAAAGGAGUCUGGGUCUGCUUUUUUAUGUUGAGCAAAUGAAGGGGUACUUGGGAUUGCUGGUAUUUAUUUUGGUUUAUCAGAAUAUGACUUCUGGUUGGUCCCUCAAGAAUGAAGGUUUGGGUGUGUUGAGAUCUAAGGAGAAAGUGAUUAGUGUUGGAGUAUUAUAUCAAAGUGAAGAUUUGAAGAGUUGGAAAUAUGGAAUGGGAAGCUCAAAUUUUAGAGGAUAUUUUGUGUCUCAGAAAAUAACAAAGUUUAGAAGGGCAGCUCAUAGGGAAUUGCUCAAAGUCCGUUUUUUCCCAUUUCAUUACCCACCCAGACAAGGUGCUACUGCUCCAACACCAUCUCCUUCACCAUCCCCAUCACAGAGUCCACAUGGACCAGUUCCUCCACCUCCACCAGAUCCUUCUGUGCCAGAAGUUCCUCGACCUGGACCCACUCCUGUCCCUUCUGUUUCCCCAGCUUCAACUCCUUCUCCCGAAGAAGGUAGUUUUAGAAGCAAUUCAUUUAGAAAUGAGAAUAAAAAACGUUCCAAAUUAUGGAUAGUCGCUGCAACAGUUGGUGGAUCAAUUAUGUUUAUGGUUUCUGCAAUUUGUGUGGUUUUCUGUCAACGCAAUAAAAUUGCUGUGGUCAAACCUUGGGUUACUGGGAUAAGUGGGCCGCUACAGAAAGCUUUUGUUACGGGUGUGCCAAAGCUUAGGAGGUCAGAACUGGAGACGGCUUGUGAAGAAUUUAGCAACGUGAUUGGUUCUUCAUCUGUUCAUAGAUUGUACAAGGGAACAUUGUCCAGUGGAGUUGAAAUAGCUGUUUUAUCACUUUCCGUGUCAUCUGCGAAGGAUUGGUCAAGAGAUCAAGAAUCCCAGUUCAGACAAAAGAUUGAAGCAUUAUCAAAAGUAAAUCACAAGAACUUUGUCAACCUAAUUGGAUAUUGUGUUGAAGAGGAACCUUUCACGAGAAUGAUGGUGUUCGAGUAUGCUCCCAAUGGAUCGCUUUUUGAGCACUUGCAUAUUAGGGAGGCAGAACACUUGGAUUGGGCAACACGAAUGAGAAUCAUGAUGGGCAUGGCCUAUUGUCUCGAGCACCUUCACCAAUCGACCCCUCCCCUCUUCCCUAAUACCCUAAACUCCUCAUCCAUACUCCUUUCAGAUGACUACGCAGCCAAGAUGUCAGAUUUCGUCCUUUGGGCUGGGGAGACAUCAAAUGGGCCAAGCAACGUGUACAGCUUCGGAGUGAUCCUAUUUGAGAUGCUCACGGGCCAGUUGCCCUACUCAGACAACACUAGUGCCCUAGAGGAUUGGGCAUCAUGCUACCUUAGAGGAGGUGGAGGGCUAAUGGCUGACCCUACUUUGGAUGGUUUCCAGAAGGAUCAAAUGGAGAGAAUAGGCGAAGUGAUUAGGUCUUGUGUUGACCCUCAUCCGGGACAGAGACCGGGCAUGGGAGAAGUUAGUGGUAGAUUGAGAGAGAUAAGUGGGAUAAGGGCUGAUGGGGCAACCCCAAAAGUGUCCCCUCUUUGGUGGGCAGAACUGGAGAUCAUAUCGACUGAUGAGGCAGCUUAAGGGUGAAUUGUAAGGAUUGUAUGUUUGCCUUUAGGGGUUUGGGGGCUUAGACAUGAAAAAAUUGGUGUGCUUCCUGAUAGGCCUCUACCCAUUCUUUCUUACAGGUACAUAGGAGUGUAAAUAGCAAAAUGGGAAAAUGAUGAUGUUUUUUUAUACUUUAUUUUUGCAUAUACACGAGAAAAUAAAAGAAAAUUGAUAUGUUUUUCCUUUUGCCCAAGAAGAAUGCAAGUGUUUCUUUG